AUGGCUCUGCUCCUCCCACCGGAUGCAAAGCGAUUCAGCACGAUAGCCUGGCGCGUAAAUCAACGAAUCUCUCAAACACCUCGAGUCCAGCACGCGGCGAAGUCGAUCCCUGGGCUGUGGACGCUGAUUUCGACUGGCGAACUACGGUUCCACCAAUAUGGGAAGCCCAUAAAUCUCAGUUCCAAUGCACAACGGAAUGGUAGUUUAAACUUGCACUCCACCACCACCGGCAGUGUUUCCAAUGUGUCGCACGAUCGACUUGCUAUGCCAGGUGUAGGGAUCUUGAAGACCCCAAUCCAUCUACCAACCCGGGUCAAUUAUAAUCGUCAAUUAGCUUGGAAUGCAUGGACCACGUCAGAGGCUGUCUUUUACACUAUACAGGUCAUGUCCGCCGCCUGCCUUUUGGACACCAUGCCUCAGCUCAGAGAGACCUUACCAUCACUGAGGGAACAGGCUGCUACAGCCAUUGAUCAGGGCAUAUCUCAAGUAUUGACUUCUCAGCCACCGAUAGUCCCAGCUGAUUUGGUCUUCACAGUGUUUGCAUUGGGUACCUCGUUGCAUUGGACUACCCAUGCAGUUCUAGAGCAUCCGUGGCUGGAAGCGGCUCGCAACUUACAUUCCAUUUGGAGAGAAAGGAUUCUCAGCUCAGUGGGCCGUGGCUCAAUCGCCGCCAAAGUUGAUAGACUACGGGGACAAUACAAAGCCAGAUUUCAAAAAGUGCUGCAUGUGCAGGACAAUAAUUGCGAUUCCCUCUGCAACGACACACUACCAUACUAUGCAGACCAGGCCCUCUUAGGGACCCGACCCAAUUCUUGGUGUGGCGUCUCGAACGAGGUGGUCGAUGUCUUCGGACAGGUAUUGGCUUUCUGUCGCACUGGGCUUGUGACAUAUUCUUUGCGUGCGAUUUGCGGACAGAGUUGCUGGCGAUGGAUUUCAGCACGCUCAUCCUCAUGGAAGAGACACAAGGGUUUUCCCGUCCAGACGCGGGACGAUAAUACGCCCAUUUUUCACCUGCUACAAACAGCUGAAGUAUACCCCCAAGCCGCACUUUUGCAGUUGCACGUAACGUUUAGUGGUCUUUUCAUGAUACCUGAAGAAAGGCAUGGUGACUUCAUUAUCACAGAUGCACUGCCGAAUGACGAAAUAGGCGAUACCGUCGUGAAUGAGCAAUCUCGCACAGAGUUCCUGCUUACAUUAGCCCUGCAACUUGUAGCAAUUCUGGAGCAAAUCCCUGCCGAUUCCGGUUCUAAAUCUAUUCAUCACAUGCUUUACGUUUCCGCAGCCGCGGUCCUGAGAUUCGACACAUGUGCAGUACCACAAGGUGACCAUAUGGCUGGAGCACCCCAAGAAGUUGCUAGCCUCUCCUGUGUCCCUGCCUUGGAACCAUCUGUCUUACAGAUGCAGCAGCCUUUGCGCGAUGCUGCGUGGCCGGUGUUGGCCCUGCCCGAAAACCCGUAUCAAGGCACCCCAGCGUCGUCAUCAUGUACCCCAGGUACAUUCAUUCCGCAAUCGGUUUUGGAAGUAUCCAAAGCGAGACGCCUUAUCUGGGCCCUACUAAGUAGCCUCCAACACAUUCUUCCUCAUAGAGCAAGUGGGAGUAUACUACGGCGUCUUAAGGCCAUAUGGCUGGAAUACAAUACUCGGCAACCAGGUUGGCCCAGUGUUAGUUGGUUCAACGUAUUAAGAGAAACUGGAUCAGAAAUGAUGCUUUGGUAA